GAGCUGGGUAAGCUCUCGGAGGAGCAAUUCAAGUGCUUGGUCUACGUGUGUGGUUUGAAAUCGGAGAACGACGUCGAGAUUCGCGCCCGCCUCCUCACGAAAAUCGAAGAGAGGAACGAUGUGACGCUGGAGCAGCUUUCGGAGGAAUGCCAGCGGCUGUACAACCUGAAGCAUGACAGCGCCAUGAUCGAAUCUCCGUCCACGUACGACCAAGUACAAUCGAUACGAAAGUUUGGUGGGAAGCGGUACGAAAAGCGUGACCGUGAGUCACCGAAACAUCCUUCCAGUGACACCGACAGGAAACCAAAUUCGCCAUGUUGGUUUUGCGGUGGAUUCCACUACGUUCGGGACUGUAGAUACAAGAGCCACAAGUGUUCCGAAUGUGGCCAGUUCGGGCAUCGUGAGGGGUACUGUGCCAGUGCCAAACCCCGAAAAACUGGAAGGAGGCGCAGGAAGCAACCAGUGUCCGCCAAGGUGGUGGUCGUCGAUGUGUGCAGUGUGCAGCAACGACGCAGAUAUGUCUCCGUGGGCUUUUCUGGAACAAAAAUUCGCCUGCAACUCGACACCGCCUCAGACAUCACCGUCAUUUGCAGGGAGAUUUGGCGGAGCAUUGGCAGUCCUGCGUUAUCGUCAGCAACGGUGAAGGCGAAGACGGCAUCUGGCAGCAUACUAUCGCUCGAUGGGGAGUUCGAGUGCGACGUCACCAUCGGAAGCAGUACACGACGUGAGCUCAUCCGUGUAACCGAGAAGCAGCUGCAGUUACUCGGAUCCGAUUUGGUCGACAGUUUCAACCUUUGGGUCGUCCCUAUGGACACCUUCUGCUGCCACGUGUCUGGAACGCCAGUGUCGACAGGUGCACUCAAGUCGUCUUUUCCAGAGGUCUUCAGCGAGAAGCUCGGCUUGUGCACCAGAACAAAAGUGAAGUUGGAGUUGAAAGAAAACGUUCGACCCGUCUUCUGUCCGAAGCGUCCGGUAGCUUACGCUAUGUAUGAUACCGUUGAUCGCGAGCUCGACCGGUUAGAGAAAUUGGACAUCAUCACCCCGGUCGAUUAUUCCGAGUGGGCCGCUCCGAUCGUUGUAGUCCGCAAGUCCAAUGGCUCCAUCAGGAUUUGCGGAGACUACUCAACGGGUCUGAAUGCAGCUCUCCAAUCACAGCAGUAUCCACUUCCACUUCCGGAUGACAUCUUCGCCAAGCUGGCUAAGUGUAAAAUCUUCAGCCAGAUAGAUUUGUCCGACGCCUUCUUACAGGUGGAAGUUGACGAGCAGUACCGUAGUUUGCUGACGAUCAAUACGCAUCGUGGUCUCUACCUCUACAACCGCCUGCCGCCAGGUUUGAAGAUCGCGCCUGGCGCAUUUCAGCAGCUCAUCGACACAAUGUUAGCCGGACUGAAGGGCACUUCUGGCUACCUCGAUGACGUCAUCGUCGGCGGAAAAAAUGAAGAGGAGCACGACCUCAAUCUACGGGGUGUCCUGAAGCGAAUCCAAGAUUUCGGAUUCACGAUUCGUGUUGACAAGUGUUCGUUUCGCAAGCAGCAAAUCCGAUACUUGGGGCACAUCGUCGACAGUCGCGGGUUGCGACCAGAUCCUGCGAAAAUCGAGGCGAUCACCAAGCUGCCGCCUCCAGCCGAUGUAUCCGGUGUGCGAUCGUUUUUGGGGGCCAUCAACUUCUACGGCAAGUUCGUCCCCAACAUGCGCAUGCUACGCUACCCGCUCGACAAUCUCCUCAAGGUGGAGACGAAGUUCAGCUGGAGUCCGGAGUGCCAGAAAGCGUUCGACCGGUUCAAGCAGAUUCUCUCGUCGGAUCUUCUCCUCACACACUACGAUCCGAAGCGGGAAAUCAUCGUUUCUGCUGACGCUUCAUCCGUUGGACUUGGGGCUACCAUUAGCCAUAGGUUCCCAGAUGGAACCAUCAAGGUGGUCCAACAUGCAUCCAGGGCGCUCACGAAGGCAGAACAGGGCUACAGUCAGCCCGAUCGCGAAGGUCUGGCCAUCAUCUUCGCCGUCACGAAGUUCCACAAAAUGCUCUUCGGACGGCACUUCCGUUUGCAAACCGAUCAUCGCCCGCUGCUUCGUAUCUUCGGCUCUAAGAAGGGAAUUCCAGUGUACACUGCGAACCGCCUGCAACGCUUCGCCCUCAACUUGCUGCUCUACGACUUUGAGAUCGAGUACGUGUCCACUGAGAAGUUCGGCAACGCAGACCUGCUCUCCCGGUUGAUCGACCAGCACAUCAAGCCUGAAGAGGACUAUGUCAUCGCGAGUCUCAAUCUGGAAGAGGAUAUUAGGUCAGUAGUAACUAAUACGGUUAAAGUGUUGCCUCUCAAUUUCAGAGUCGUUGCGCAAAGCACCCAAGCAGAUCCGCUGCUCCGUCAAGUCCACCGCUACGUUCAGAACGGCUGGCCCCAGUCAACACUCGAUGGGUCAGAACUUCGCCGGUUCCAAUCAAGGCAGGAAUCGCUCUCUGUGGUGGAUGGGUGUAUUUUGUUUGCCGAACGACUCGUCAUUCCGUCGCUGCAUCGGAAACGGUGCCUCGAACAGCUGCACCGUGGCCAUCCGGGCAUGCAGCGAAUGAAAGCCAUCGCUAGGAGCUACGUGUACUGGCCUACGUUGGAUGCCGACAUCGUCAGCUUCGUCAAGGCAUGCCAGCAGUGUGCGUCUGUAGCUCGAUCACCUCCUCACUCUCCACCGGUGCCGUGGCCCAAAUCGACCGCUCCGUGGCAACGCGUCCACGUCGACUUCGCCGGUCCAAUCGAAGGCGACUACUACCUGCUCGCUAUCGAUUCGUUCUCUAAGUGGCCCGAGAUCAUCCGAACGACCCGCAUCACCUCUACUGCGACCAUCAGCAUCUUGCGUGGGUUGUUCGCGCGGCUGGGUAUGCCCGUAACCUUGGUCAGUGACAACGGUACCCAGUUUACCAGCGCCGAAUUCGCCGAUUUCUGCGCUUCCAAUGGCAUCGAGCACCUCACGACAGCACCGUUUCAUCCACAAUCAAAUGGCCAGGCGGAACGAUUUGUGGAUACCUUCAAGCGAGCCGUCAAGAAAAUUCGAGAGGGGAGAGGAUCCAUUGAAGAAGCACUGGAUGUCUUCUUGCUGACGUACCGAAGCACGCCCAGUCGUGCUCUGCCGGAUCAGAAGUCGCCAUCUGAGAUCAUGUUUGGUCGCAAAAUCCGAACGUGUCUCGAGCUUCUGCGUCCACCACCGGUACGUGUCCCAGUGCCAACCGACGAUGACCGCAAGCAACCGAGGUCCUUCAACCGAAACGAGACCGUGUACGCCAAACUACAUGGUCGUACCGGUUGGAAGUGGGCUCCUGGUGUCGUCGUCGAGAAGAUCGGAGACGUUAUGUACAACGUGUGGGUCGAAGAUCGCCGAAUGCUACGCUCGCAUAUCAACCAACUUCGGAGUCGCCUUGCUGCUGGCGCGAUACCGAAGCAACCCACUGUACAUGCCACCUUAAACCAACAUUCGCUGCCGCUGGACAUUUUGCUGGAUGCCUGGGAUCUCCCAAGCCAAUCACCAGGUCCAUCUUCACCAGAGCCUGUCUCCAGUGCUGAGAGAACCAUGGUAGGUUCCGGGCCGACUCUUGCAACGUCUACGCCACGUCAUGAGGUCUCGGCGUUCGUCCCGUCAUCAGCAUCGUCAUCAUCAACAACAACAACGCCAACAUCGACAGAGUUCGAGUCCGCUGUCGAAGUAGAACUAGCUGUAGACAUCCCUAGGCGCUCUUCACGACUACGAAGACCGCCAGUAAGGUUUGAUCCGUACCACCUCUAUUAAGAGGGGAGAUGUUGUGGACAACCUUAUUUUGCCGCGCUCGGAUACGUUAUUCAUCCGACGCAGCUC